CGGGCCGGGCCGGGCCGGCUGCGGCGGUGGCGCGGGGCCGGGGCUGCUGCCGAGCUAGCGUGGGGCAGAGUCGCGCCGCAGCGAGCCGAGCCCGCCUCAGUUUAAUCUCAAGACUUUGAAAAUACAAUACAAAUGGCACAGAUCAUAAAACUUUUUCAGACACUGUUAAUUCUGAUACUUCAUGAUUACAUCUCAGCUGAAGAUGGAGAAACAAGAGCAAGUUGCAGAACUGCUCCGGCUGAUUUAGUCUUCAUCUUAGAUGGCUCUUACAGUGUUGGCCCAGAAAACUUUGAAAUAAUCAAAAGAUGGCUUGUCAAUAUUACAAGAAAUUUUGACAUAGGACCAAAGUUUAUCCAAGUUGGAGUUGUCCAGUACAGUGAUUACCCUGUACUUGAAAUCCCUUUAGGAACACAUGAAUCCACUGAAAACCUCAUCAGGGAAAUGGAAUCCAUACACUACUUGGGAGGAAAUACAAGAACAGGAAGAGCUAUUCAGUUUGCCUAUGACCAUCUUUUUGCAAAAUCUUCAAGAUUUUUAACAAAAAUAGCUGUUGUUCUCACUGAUGGGAAGUCCCAAGAUGAAGUCAAAGAUAUAGCAGCAGAAGCAAGGAAAAAUAAAAUCACUCUGUUUGCAAUUGGUGUUGGCUCAGAAAUUGAGGAGGAUGAACUUAAAGCUAUUGCUAACAAGCCUUCAUCAACUUAUGUAUUUUAUGUUGAAGAUUAUAUUGCAAUAUCAAGAAUUAAAGAAGUUAUAAAGCAGAAACUCUGUGAAGAAUCUGUAUGUCCAACAAGAAUUCCAGUGGCAGCUCGAGAUGAAAAAGGAUUUGACAUUCUUCUAGGACUAGGCGUGAAGAAAAAGGUUAAAAAGAGAAUUCAAAUACCAACUACUAAUGCUAAAGCUUACGAAGUAACCUCCCGUGUUGACCUGUCAGAAUUGACAAGGAAUGUGUUUCCAGAAGGUCUGCCUCCAUCCUAUGUGUUUGUUUCCACUCAAAGAUUUAAAGUGAAAAAGACAUGGGAUUUGUGGAGAAUUCUAAGCCUGGAUAAGAGACCACAGAUAGCAGUCACUAUUAAUGGAGAAGAGAAAACAUUAUCAUUCACUACAACGAGUUUAAUAAAUGGCACACAGGUUAUUACUUUUGCUGCACCUCGUGUAAAGACAUUGUUUGAUGAAGGCUGGCAUCAAGUUCGUCUCUUAGUAACAGAAGACUUUGUAACUUUGUAUAUAGAUGACCAAGAAAUUGAAACGAAGCCAUUACAUCCUGUUUUAGGUAUUUACAUCAGUGGACUAACCCAAAUAGGAAAGUAUUCUGGAAAGGAGGAAACUGUACAGUUUGAUAUACAAAAGCUGCGAAUCUACUGUGACCCAGAGCAAAAUAAUCGAGAAACAGUCUGUGAGAUCCCAGGAUUUAAUGGAGAGUGCAUGAAUGGCCCUAGUGAUGUAGGCUCCACACCUGCCCCCUGCAUAUGCCCUCCAGGGAAACAAGGACCUCCAGGCCCCAAAGGUGAUCCUGGGCAGCCUGGGAAUCAUGGUUAUCCUGGUCAGCCUGGUCCAGAUGGUAAGCCUGGAUAUCAAGGAUCAGCAGGAACUCCAGGUAUCCCAGGAACUCCAGGAGUCCAAGGACCACGUGGCUUACCAGGUAUCAAGGGAGAGCCAGGGAAAGAUGGGGCUAAGGGUGACCGUGGACUACCUGGUUUUCCUGGAUUACAUGGCAUGCCUGCACCAAAGGGAGAAAAGGGUCCUAAAGGAGAUCAAGGAGUUCCAGGAAUAUAUGGAAAAAAGGGCUCCAAGGGAGAGAAAGGUGAUACCGGGUUUCCAGGAAUGCCUGGGCGAUCUGGAGACCCUGGCAGAAGUGGGAAAGAUGGAUUACCAGGAAUUCCUGGUCUCAAGGGGGAGGUUGGACAGCCUGGAUCUCCAGGACAAGAAGGACAUCGCGGAGAGCCCGGAAUUCCUGGAAUUCCUGGAAAUCAAGGAGCAAAAGGACAAAAGGGUGAAAUUGGACCACCGGGUCAACCAGGAGCAAAAGGGUCACCAGGGGAAACUGGCAUGAUGGGACCAGAAGGCUCAUUUGGUCUACCUGGAGCUCCUGGGCCUAAGGGUGAUAAAGGUGAACCUGGACUACAGGGGAAACCAGGAUCACCAGGAGCCAAGGGAGAUCUAGGAGGACCUGGUGCCCCAGGUGAACCAGGCUACCCAGGCAUUCCUGGUACCCAGGGUAUAAAGGGGGACAAAGGAAGCCAGGGUGAAAGUGGUAUCCAGGGACGAAAAGGAGAGAAAGGAAGACAAGGAAAUCCAGGCUUACAGGGAAUAGAAGGAUUGAGUGGAGAACAAGGAGAGAAAGGUGAGAAAGGAGAUCCUGGCAUUCGAGGCAUCAAUGGACAAAAGGGUGAAUCUGGUAUCCAGGGUUUGGUUGGACCUCCUGGUGUCAGAGGUCAGCCAGGAGACAGAGGGCCCCCAGGACCACCUGGAUCAGAUGGAAAACCUGCACGAGAAUUUUCAGAAGAAUUUAUUCGACAGGUGUGUUCAGAUGUACUGAGAACCCAGUUGCCUGCUAUUCUUCAGAGUGGAAGGCUACAAAACUGCAACCACUGUCAGUCCCAAAGUGCUUCCCCAGGACUUCCAGGGCCACCAGGUCCGAGAGGCCCUGAAGGUCCAAGAGGAUUUCCUGGUUUGCCAGGAAAUGAUGGUAUUCCAGGUCUGACAGGUGUCCCGGGUCGCCCUGGGGCUCGUGGGACAAGAGGGCUGCCAGGGAAAAAUGGUGCAAAAGGCAAUCAAGGAAUUGGGGUUCCUGGGAUCCAAGGCCCCCCGGGACCUCCAGGUCCAGAAGGUCCCCCGGGUAUGAGUAAGGAAGGACGUCCUGGAGACCGUGGGCAGCCUGGUAAAGAUGGAGACCGUGGCACACCGGGAAUGCCAGGACCAGUCGGACCCCCUGGAAUUUGUGACCCAUCACUAUGUUUUAGUGUAAUUGUGGGGAGAGAUCCCUUUAGAAAGGGUCCAAACUACUAAUUUGUGAUAUAAUAAUUUAGAGGAAUAGGAAUGGUGCUUGUCUUUAAUGGUCUUUCAAGUCUCAGGAAGGUGACCAGCAAUAAUCCCAUAAACAGGAACAAAAGUACCUCUGACAUUAUAAACAUUACAAAUAAGGAUCCCAAAGGUUAUACAAUCUUUUACAAAAGGAACUCCAAUAUUUUUUUUAUAACUUGCAUAAAUUGAAUCUCAAGUGUUUUUAAAGAGAUCGUCAGUUUUAAUAGGAAAAAAGUUAACUAUAAUAUUUGGCAUUUAGUAUUUAAGUGUCCUGUCAUAGUCCUGCUGCCACUGAAGUUCUUUGCAAAACGGCUGACGACUCCACUGGCAGCAGGAUUAGGCCUUAAAAGGUAUUGGUCAGGUGUAAAUUACUGUGAAAUUUUUCACAUGCAGCCAACAGAUACA